AUGCAUUUUUUCCGGCCCAUUGAUCAUGCAGCAAAUGAAGGCCAUCAUGGGAUCGAAGACUACAUACUCCAAAUAUUAUACGACCGUCUCGACCUUGAGUAUCCACAUCCAUCUCAAAACCCGGUCCCCAAAGAACAUCUUUACUUGAUGCUGAGAAGUGCCGCGACGAUAGGCGAGGAGGAUCGCGUCGAGUCUCUCCUCAAUGAAGAUGGAGUCGACAUUUACCUUCAGCAUCCGCGGGGAUAUGACACCGUCCUUGUCGCUGCAAUUAAGCUCGCCCCUUGUCCAUUGAGCAUGGCUAGACUUUUGUUGAAGAGAGGUGCCGAUCCCGUGUUAAAAGGACUAGCCCCGAGACAAAAUGGAAUUGCAGACUCGUGUGCCGCCCUGAAUGCUGUUCAAGUCGCCCUUCAAAGAGAUGAGAGUUAUAGUCUCCUUCAACUGUUGCUCGAAUAUAAUUUGAAGGAACCAGAUGUCGUAGCAGGUUUGUUGAUGGCAGCCAGCCCAAGCAAAAUAGCAGAAGUUUGA